AUGCAAGUGCGCAUCAGCAUCCCACCCUUGACCCGCCUCUUACUUGCUCUACUUCUCGCCAUUUCGGCCACCCACCAAGCCUCCCGCUAUAUCUUCCAUGCCCUACCCAGCGAGCUCCUUGCCCUCGUGCCUCAACAGUCCGUCUUCUACCCGUGGGUCUACGUCACUGCCGCUUUUGCAGAGCAGAAUCUCAUCACCUUCCUGAUUGCUGCAGCCACCAUCCUCUAUGGUGGGAAAUACCUGGAAAGAGCUUGGGGAGCAGCCGAAUUCGGCAGGUUCUUUCUUCUGGUGACUGUCAUACCAAAUGUUGCGGCAUCCAUCGUCUACAUUCUCUGGUUUGCCAUCACACGAGAUUCUGCAAGAGCUUUGACCUACAUUCAAGGCUCUGUAGCCCUCCAAGGUGCUUUUCUGGUCGCUUUCAAGCAACUGGUCCCAGAGCAUCUGGUUACGAUCCUAAAGGGCGUUAUUAAAAUACGUGUAAAACAUUUCCCUGCCAUAUUUCUAGCUGCAAAUACUAUCUCGGGAUUUGUGAUUGGCACCGAUACGGGACUGGUUCUAGCGUGGACGGGCUUUUUCACGAGCUGGCUAUACCUUAGGUUCUACAAAAAGCAAACAGACCUUUCUAGUACAACGACUAGCACUAGUAGGAUCAGAGGCGACGCGUCAGAGACGUUCGCAUUUGCAUACUUUUGGCCCGACGCAAUCCAUGGCCCCGUAGCUGCUGUCGCUGACGUUGUAUACAAUGCAUUAGUCACUGCCCGAAUUUUGGCUCCUUUUUCGGCAGAAGACGUUGAGACAAGCAACGUUCAGGCAUCUGCAAGAGGAGAGGCCGGGCUUCCAAGUCUGCUGAACCAAGGCGGUCGAAGAGGAGGCAAGAGAGAGGAAGCUGAGAGGAGGAGAGCAUUAGCGCUGAAAGUCUUGGACCAACGAUUGCAAGCUGCUACCACGAACAAGCAACAAUCCUCAAGUCCCACGGAAUCUGUGCCUAGAGGGGAAGCUGCAAUUCCUUCAGAGGCUGAAGCUGCUGGCGCUAACGAUAAAGUCUGA